GCUCUGAAGGCAACGCAAGGAGUAAGCAGCCUCUGCGUCCUUGCUUCCUUGCUCUGACAAACAAUCACACUAACGCGAGCCAAACACCGCAUUACUUCUUCUCCCUUCUUCCUCAGCCCAGCCCGCGAUGACGACCAUCAAUGGACUCUCACUGCUCCAUUCAAUGCCCUCUCUCGUCCCUUCCUUUCCCAGAACCUACCCCAUUCAAAGGCCCUUCAAGCUCCGCUGCUCUGGCGGAGAAGAUUCAGCCUUCACCUCCACAAUUUCUCCUUCGAUGGUCGGCGGCGAGUCCAUAUCUGGAGGAACGCAUUCUUCCACGGAGGAUUGCGUGAUCGUCGGCGGCGGAAUUAGUGGUCUCUGCAUAGCGCAGGCUCUUACCAACAAGCACCGGGACGUUGCCCAUAAUGUGAUCGUGACUGAGGCUCGCGACCGCGUCGGUGGGAGCAUCACCACCGUCGAGAAGGAUGGUUAUCUAUGGGAAGAGGGCCCCAACAGUUUCCAGCCCUCCGAUGUUAUGCUCAGUUUGGCGACUGUCGCUGCCGAUGCACUUGUAAAAUUUUGUUAUCCACCAGUGGCUGUAGUAUCCAUCUCGUACCCUAAAGAAGCAAUUCGGACAGAGUGCUUGAUUGAUUGUGAACUUAAAGGGUUUGGCCAAGUGCAUCCUCUCAGCCAAGGAGUUGAAACAUUAGGAACUAUUUACAGCUCAUCACUCUUUCAAAAUCGAGCUCCAGCUGGAAGAAUUUUACUCUUAAACUUUAUUGGGGGAGCCACCAACCCUGGAAUUUUAUCCAAGACAGAGAGUGAACUUGUUGAAGCAGUCGAUCGUGAUUUGAGAAGGAUGCUUAUAAAUCCUAAUGCAAAGGAUCCACUUGCAUUGGGUGUGAGGGUGUGGCCGCAAGCCAUUCCCCAGUUUUUGGUAGGUCACUUUGAUAUCCUAGAUGCUGCGAAAUUUGCUCUCAAGGAUUGUGGGUUGCAAGGGCUGUUUCUGGGAGGCAAUUGUGCAUCUGGUGUAGCAUUGGGCCGGUGUGUGGAGGGAGCUUAUGAGAUUGCUGCUGAGAUGGUUUGCAUGGUUGGGCUUAUAUUACAAGGAAUUCAGGAAGAAAGCAAGCCUAAGAGCAGGAUCAUGCCCCGUGUAGGGCUAAUCAAGGAGACAUUCUUACACGGGGAAAUUGAAAGCAAUCCUACGUUUUGACUGAUGAAAACUCGAGAAUUCCAAAAGGAGUAGACAGACUAAAGAUGAUGGAUAUAGAUGGUUCUGGGACACAACAAAAGGAUCCCAACAAAAGGAGAAGAAAAAGAGGGAUUUGGUCUACUGUUAUUAAGGUAAUGACUCCUUCAAGAUUUGCUUUCUUCUUCUUUUUCUUUAAUUUCAAACACAGAUGGUAAUCUAGUGACCCCAAAAGUCUUUGGAGUAGGGGAAAGUAGCCAUCAAAACCCAAUUGAAACAACAUUACGGUAGGGCUGGUAGGGGACAUUUUUACUUUCUCUUUUUUUAAAAAGAGAAAAAAUCUCACUUCUUCUCUGAACCAGAUUUCCUUUCUUUAGGUCCAAGCAAUAUUUGUUGUAACUUGGUCUUGGUCCCCUUCGUUCAUGUCAAAAAGGGAACAUGAAGCAUAAUUUUUUACAAGAGAUGUCUAUAACGGGGCACGUGGACUAAACACGUGAGAUGAAGUUGUAAUAAAUCUGACAAUAAAUCAUCAUAAAUCAUAAUGCAUGAUAACACACACAUUAUCAUUUUUCAUAAACUAAUAAUGCACUUAAAGACAAAAUUAUGUUAGGUCCGGAUAACUGAAUUUGUUCGACUUGAAUUAAAUCAAAUUUGAACAUAAGUUAUAUGUCCGAAAUUCAGAUUCAAACAUAAAAUUUUUGUCUAGUUUAAAAUGGAGUAUUAGUCCAAACACAUAUUUAUUAUUCGGUUUAUUUGUCUGGAUUUAA